CAUCUGUCAAGUGGUGGCGGCGACGACGGCGACGGCGUCCGCUAACAAAAAAAACUCGUUCGCGUUUCCUUAUGUAGUGAGAGACGAUUGUCGCGACCACAUCUUAAUCUUUCACUUUUCCUUACAAAAAAGAAGUUGAAACAGUGUUUGCGAAUAUACAGUGGUUUUAAAGAAACUGGAAGGAUAAAAAACGAUCAAAGGGGGGUUCGUCGUUAGUUCCUCUCCCCUAAGGUAGUGAAAGGGGUGCGCGCGUGUCGAAAGAGAACGAACGAACGGCGGCCACGCGGCGGCGACGGCGGCGGCGGCGGUUUUGGGGGCGCAGUCCCAAAUGUUUACCGGGAACGUUCGCGUGAAAAUCUGCGAGGCAUCCGGGUUAAGACCCACGGAUCGCCAGAAGAGGCAGUACGUGACUUUUGGAAAACCGGACGAACAGUUGAUUGAUCCGUACGUGACCGUCGAUGUGGACGAGGUGCAUGUGGACCGUUCAACAACCAAACAGAAAACGUUCGACCCCGUUUGGAAUGAAUCGUUUGAGCACAGUGUCGAAAAUGCAAAACAGAUCACCCUCACGGUUUUUCACAAUGCUACAAUACCGCCAGAUGAUUUUGUUGCAAAUUGUAGCAUCCCUUUUGAGGAUUUAUUAUCGAGGGAACGUGAUGAAGGAGAUUUUUGGGUUAAUUUGGAACCAAAAGGACGAUUACAUGUUCGUAUCGACUUAAAAACAACAAAUGAAUUUCAAGGGGCUAAACCAAGGGAGUUUAAAGAACGCCAAGGUUUCAAUCGGCGUCGCGGGGCGAUGCGACGUCGUGUACACCAGGUCAACGGGCACAAAUUUAUGGCAACGUUUUUGCGUCAACCUACUUUUUGUUCUCAUUGCAGGGAAUUUAUAUGGGGUUUGGGAAAACAGGGCUAUCAAUGUCAAGUAUGCACCUGCGUUGUACACAAGAGAUGUCACCUUCUGGUUGUCACCAAGUGUCCCGGCAUGAAAGAUGAGUCAAGUUCUCAAAGUACAGGAUUCAACGUAAACAUCCCGCAUCGUUUCGUCGUGCACAAUUACAAACGAUUUACAUUUUGCGAUCAUUGCGGCUCACUUCUGUAUGGUUUGAUAAGGCAAGGUUUACAAUGUGAAGUAUGCUCAUUAAAUGUGCACAAACGUUGCCAAAAGAACGUGGCUAAUAAUUGUGGAAUAAAUACUAAACAAAUGGCACAAAUACUGAAUGAAAUCGGAGUUACUCCCGCUGAUAAACAAACGCCGAGACGAUCAAAAUACGUUCCGGUAGACGGGGCUACCUGUGAUGAUCCUCAAACGAGUGAAACAGAAAGUUUGGUUAGAGCGGAAAAUCCUUUAAAUACUGAUGAAAGAUUAGCGAAAUUGUUUGAAGAAAAACUAUCGAAUAACGGUGGAAAUGAAUAUCAUUCAACGCCGGGGAAAUUAGGUGUUGAUGAUUUUCAUUUUAUUAAAGUUUUGGGUAAAGGUUCGUUUGGUAAAGUUAUGUUGGCUGAGAAAAAAGAUACCGAUGAAGUUUAUGCGGUUAAAAUUUUAAAGAAAGAUGUUAUCAUACAAGACGAUGACGUUGAUUGUACCAUGACGGAAAAACGUAUUUUAGCUUUGGCUGCUAAGCAUCCUUUUUUAACCGCAAUUCAUUCGUGUUUCCAAACUCAAGAAAGAUUAUUUUUCGUUAUGGAAUAUGUUAACGGCGGUGAUUUAAUGUUUCAAAUUCAGAAGGCGCGAAAAUUUGAUGAACCCCGAGCUAGAUUUUACGCGGCCGAAGUAACUUUGGCGUUACAAUUUUUACACAAACAUGGCGUCAUUUAUCGCGAUUUAAAAUUGGAUAAUAUUUUGUUAGAUUUCGAAGGACAUUGCAAGUUAGCCGAUUUUGGUAUGUGUAAAGAAGGUAUUCUUGAUGGUUUAACCACAACUACCUUUUGUGGAACGCCGGAUUACAUAGCGCCGGAAAUCUUGCAAGAACUUGAUUAUGGUGCUAGUGUUGACUGGUGGGCUUUAGGAGUAUUGAUGUACGAAAUGAUGGCCGGCCAACCACCAUUUGAAGCCGAUAAUGAGGACGAUCUUUUCGAGUCGAUUCUUCACGAUGAUGUCUUAUAUCCGGUUUGGUUAAGUCGCGAAGCCGUUAGUAUAUUAAAAGGAUUUAUGACUAAGAAUCCUAGCAAAAGAUUGGGUUGUGUUACUGCUCAUGGAUGUGAAGCCGCAAUUAGACAACACGCUUUCUUUAAAGAUAUAGAUUGGACAGCUUUAGAGCAACGGAGAGUUCGGCCACCGUUUAAACCAAAAAUCAAAAGUAAAAAAGAUACAAUAAACUUCGAUACGGAAUUUACAAAAGAAGAACCGAUAUUAACACCUGUUAAUCCGGAGGUGGUUCGUACAAUUAACCAGGAAGAGUUCAAGGGGUUCUCGUUUAUGAACCGCGAUUACAAUCCGGCGCGUUUCGUUGCCGAUUAACGGGCCAUCGUUUUGGAGGACGUUUGUAGCUACGGAAACGACGACGAGAACCACUACCACCACCGCCGUGGGACCCGACGACGAAGACGACGACGGGGCCAGGCCGGGCCACCGAGUGCAAUACCGAAGCUGCCUCCCGUCUUCUCCCCCGUUCAGAUUGUGGUCGACGUGCAUUUCCGAGAAAUGUACAUACCAUUACACGUUGUUACACUAUACAUAAUAAUAAUAAUUUAAAAAAUAAAAAAACAUGAAGAUUACAUUAUAAAAAAAUAUGGAUUUAAAAAAAAUGAAAAUAAUAUUAUAUCACGCUGUAUACAUAUACAUAAUAUUACGGUGUUUUAAUGUAUAUUUAUUCGAUGUGAGCUUAGCUGGGUCGUUUGCGGCCAUUAAAAACCCAAAAAGUGGAUGUUAGGUCUGUGUUUUAGCACUAGCCACGCCCUUCCCCUCCUAAUUCCUGUACCUACAUACCAUAACCUCCCUUUUCUCUCUCUCUCUAUCUAUCUCUAGUCUCACGCUACUUGCUCCGUUUGUGCCAAACCAUCCCGGCCACGCGUUGUUAUGUUUAUAUAAUGUUUGUACUAGCGAAUUGUACCAGUCUGUUUUUUGCUGUAAAUGGUGUACCUACUAUUCUCCCCCUUUCCCCCUUGAUGAUGUAAUAAUGAUUAAAUAAACAUUAUUUAAUGUACAAACAAA